AAUCUGGCGGAUAACCUCUCAUCCGGCGUUACCUUCCCGGUCCUUUCUCUUAUCAAUCACGUCCUCAGUACUUUCAAGUUUCACGUCUGCCUGGUGGGCCGUGGGGUAAAAAUGCCAAAGUAAACGCCGGUCUUACUUCAGGUCAACUGCAGAUUUCUCUUCGACUUCCUGACCGGCCGAGAUGUUCCCCGAAGUCAGGCCUCUUCUUCGGGAGAAGCACGUCAGGUUUUUCAAGCGGUUCAUCAUCACGCCUCCUUUCCUGAAAAACCAUGAUAAUACCAGAAUAAGCAUUCUGUUUUUUUGUGUAUCCGGUCUUGAAGUACUAAAUGCUUUGGACAAGGAGAUUAACGAUGACCUCAAAAAGGACAUAUGCAACUGGAUAUACAGGUUGCAAAUUUUGCCCGACCUUGAUGGAAACACAGACAAAUGCGGAUUCCAAGGCAGUGAUACAUUUCAUAUCAUGCUGGAUCAUGGUAUCUCGCAUUGCAACUCGGAAUUUGCCACAGGCCACCUUGCUAUGACUUUCUGCAGCCUUUCAGUUCUGCUGCUCCUUGGCGACGAUUUCUCCCGCCUCAACAGAAACGCCAUCUUGAAAGGCGUCGGAUCCCUUCAACAAGAAGACGGCUGUUUCUCAGCCGUGCAUUUCGGUAGUGAAAAGGACAUGAGGUUUGUUUACUGUGCCUGUUGCAUUUGCUACAUCCUGAAAGACUGGUCUUUCGAUAUUGAUAAAACAGUUCGAUAUAUUCAAAAAAGCAUGUCAUACGAUUAUGGCUAUGGGCAAGGUCCCGAUUUAGAAUCACAUGGAGGUGUGACAUUUUGUGCUGUCGCUUCUCUCUUUUUAAUGGGAAAGCUUGAUACAACACUUUCUCAAGAACAGCUCCAAGGUCUGAGGAAAUGGGCGUUGAUGAGACAGGAAUUUGGCUUCCAGGGCCGCGCGAACAAACGUCAUGACACCUGUUAUUCUUUUUGGGUCGGAGCUACACUUAAAAUUUUAGACUUUUAUGAUAAAACAGACUACGAUAAAAACAGAGAGUUUGUACUUUCAACUCAAGACAAUCUUAUAGGAGGAUUUUCUAAAUGGGUCGAUUAUACUCCCGAUCCCCUGCAUACAUAUCUCGGUUUGGCAGGGCUCAGCUUCAUAGGAAAGGACGACCUUCUCGAGAUACAUCCAGCACUCAAUAUAAGCAGUCGUGCUGUCAACUUUCUGCACAAGCUUCAAAACUCAUGGGUAUCGUGAAAAAAACCCCAAGCUGAUUGAAAAACAACUCGGAUUACAGUUGUUACACAUUCCUAAAACACCGAUUGUGCACAGAAUGUAACUUAGGUCUAUGUUUGUACAUAAUGAGAAUGUUUAUAGCUUUUAAUUUUUAUGUUAUUGCGCAUUUUUAAGAAUUUUAUAACUGUUCCUGUUUGUAACCAAUGUUUUUAUUUAAUUAUUUUUUUCUAUAUUAUAAAACAGUGUGUGUUGUUUUAAUUAAUAUAAGAAAAAUAUAUACAUAUAUAUUGCAUAUAUUUCUUGUUUGAUAGGAACAAUUUUGUCAUAAAGUUAAAAAUAUCAUCUGAAUUUCCUUGAUUAUGGCAAAAUACCAAAUCCCAAAUUAUGAACUAAUAAAACUAAUAAAUCUCUUUAAAUGCAACUAUUCAAAAAUAAAACAUGAAAAUAAAGUAAUGAAUUAAAGUUAAAGCUUUUGGUAAACCAAUAUACAUACAUUUGUCAGAAAAUAGAAUCUGGUAAGUUUAACCGUUAUAUAACUAGAAAACUUUCAGGUAAAGCACAAACAAAAGAAAAGCAUUGUUAAUCAACUGCACUGAAAAAAGUAAGAUCACUACUUCUUUCUAUAAUAUUUUAAGACUAAUAUAUAACUGCUAACAAACAGCCCAAACAGAUUUAUGUUAUUAACUAUUUUUUUGGUUUCAAGAAUGCAGAAAAAACUAUUUUCUUUAUUAUUUAUAUUAGCAUUAAAAUUGAUGUACGUUAAUUAAACAAAGUUUUAUUAGUGGUUUUAACUAGACAGUGAAGCUUUAGGAAAAAUCAUAAAUCAAAGCCAAAUAGUUUAAUUUUGUGUGGAACAUUUGAAGUUUUUUAGACACUGAGUAUUUUUCUCAUUGGAGAGAAAUGUGCCAAAAACUGAAAACUGUGAUUUAUGCUACACAAGAUCACAAUCUGUUGUAACAUCAAUUGUUUUUAUAUGUACCAGAAUCAAAUAAAAGAUUUUAAUGCAAUUUUAUAA